UCAUCUCUCUCUUCUUUUUUUUACUAAACUAUCAUAUCUCUUUCCCUCUCUCUAAAUCAAAUCUUCUGCACAAAGUUAAAGACUUGAAGGUAAAUAUUACCGAGCUCUGUCUCUCUAUGUAGAUGUUUCAUUACUACAAAAGAAGCUAUAUUCUCUAUCUAGUUGAUUAAUUUUUCAUCCACACGUUCUUGACUUAUUCCGAUGUUGCAUCUUUUUUUGGCAUCUGUUUUUGUUGCCAAUACCUUGAUCGGGUAAAGAACUUUGGUAGUUUUAGUUUGCACGGUCAUAUCCCACCCACUUAACAUGUUACUUAUAUUUCUCUUAAGAUUUUGUUAAAUAGGUUGAGAAAAUUAAGCUAUUAUUAAUUGACUCUAAAUAAUAUAUCCCUUGUUGUAUAGGAAGCAAAAUGGAUGUGUGGUAUAUCAUUCUUGCAAUCGUCUUCUUUGCAUCUAUACUCGUCGCAAAGAACACGAGAAAGACAAAGAAAAACCUACCUCCUGGACCACCAAGGCUUCUUAUAAUUGGUAACUUGCACCAACUGGGAUCCAAACCUCAUCGUUCCAUGUUCAAAUUAUCUGAAAAAUAUGGAGCUCUAAUGUCCCUCAAGCUUGGAAAUGUGUCUACCGUUGUGGCGUCAACUCCAGAGACAGUGAAAGAUGUCUUGAAAACGUUCGACGUUGAUUGUUGUUCACGACCUUACUUGACGUACGCUGCAAGACUUUCAUACAACCGCAACGACCUCAGCUUUUCUCCUUAUAGCAAAUAUUGGAGGGAAAUGAGAAAGUUGACAGUUAUAGAGCUCUACACUGCGAAAAGGGUGAAGUCGUUUGGACAUAUCAGAGAAGAAGAAGUUGCCUCUUUCGUUGACUUCAUCAAACAAUCUGCCUCAGUGGAGAAACAGGUUAACUUCAACCUCAAGUUUAUGAAAUUGUCAGCAAGUGUGAUUUGUAGGCUUGGAUUUGGGAUGAGUCUUGAAGGGAGCAAACUUGAGAUUACUUAUGAUGAAGUCAUUCAAGGGAUCAUGGAGGUUUUAGGGAGUUUCGCAGCAGCGGAUUUCUUCCCCAUUGUUGGUAAAUUAAUCGAUAGGCUCACGGGGUUACAUGGCAAAUGUGAGAAGGUUUUUCAAGCAAUGGAUACAUUUUUCGAUGAAGCUAUAAAGUGUCAUUUAGACGAUGAGAGUAUCAAAGAUGAUAUCAUAGCCUUGCUCCUCAAGAUGGAACGGGGAGAGAUUGGACUUGGAGAGUUUCAACUUUCUCGAAACCACACCAAAGGAAUUCUUCUUGUAAGUACUGGAAAAACUUGUAAUAUUCAAACUUUAUCAUCUAAUUUUUUUGUUUUGUUAUUACAGGACAUUCUUGUUGCUGGGAUAGACACUUCUGCCCAAACUGCAACAUGGGUGAUGACACAUUUGAUUACAAACCCAAGAGUUAUGAACAAAGUGCAAACCGAGGUGAGAGAAGUGGUCAAAAACAAAGACAAUAUCACAGAAGAUGAUAUAGAGCAACUGAAGUAUCUCAAAAUGGUGAUUAAAGAAACAUUAAGGAUAAACCCGCUUGUGCCACUUCUAAUUCCAAGAGAGGCGUCAAAGGAUAUAAAGAUCAGAGGUUAUGACAUUCCAAAAAAUACAUGGAUCUAUGUCAACGUUUGGGCCAUUCACAGCAACCCAAACAUUUGGAAAGAUCCAGGAGCUUUCAUCCCUGAGAGGUUUGUGGACAAUGAAAUCGAUUAUAAAGGUCUAAAUUUUGAGUUGCUGGCAUUUGGUAGUGGAAGGAGGAUGUGCCCUGGUAUGGGUGUGGGUAUGGCUUUGGUACACUUGAUUCUUGUCAAUCUUCUUUACCGUUUCGACUGGAAGCUCCCGGAAGGAAUGGAGACAAGAGAUGUUGAUCUUGAAGAAUCAUAUGGACUUGUCUGUCCUAAGAAAAUUCCACUUGAGCUUAUCCCGGUUAUUACAAAGUGGAGUUGACUUUUAUAUAUAUUAUUGUCAUACUUUAA